AUGACGAUCAAUAACAAUACCAUGCAGCUUGAUUCUUCUUCAGCAACAAUCCCUGCCUCCACCCCUGAACGCGUAUCAUCAUUAGACAACACAAACCCAGGUGAUUAUGAAACAACUAAUGUAAGCCAUAUUUCGUCAUCGCACGAGGCCCAAACAGACUUUGAAAUGGAAAUUGAUGACCACCUACCUUUGACCCAAUCACAAAAAGAAGACUUAAUAGACACUCAAUCAUGGGCGAAUGAUACUGAAACCACACCAGCUAUACUAUUCACUAAUAAUCUAUCCAAUGAUAUUCGUUUAAUACCACCAGAAGAUGAACAGCAAAAGAUCCUUGAUUUUUGCAAUGAAAUUACCUUAUGUAAUCGAUCCCCAGAAGCCAUUAUCAAUCUUUUCUUAAAAUUCAGAGACGAACCUAGAGACUUUAUGAAUAACGCCAUCAAAAACUCUCUUGACAAUAACAUUCCAAAGCGAAAGUGCAUGACACUCAUCCGUAACAUAGACCCUCUCAAACAUUACUCCAGUGCCAUAAGAGCCAUCAAGAGAGCAAUUAAUGCAUCAAAAAACAAUAACAGUGAAGAUAUCUUCUCAAGACUUCCAGUCAUCGCCUCAUCAGCUUUACGAAAAAUUACCA